CGGAAGCACCUGUUACAAUAAUUGUAUUAAUUAAAGGAAAUGAAUGUUUGGAACACAGUAUGAGCAAACGUUGUAUCUAACACUGAUAGCCACGAUGAAAUGUCGUCUAGGUAUAUUUCUUCUCAUCGCUGGUGUUGAUGCAGUGACCCAGUUUUGUAGGGACACAGUCAAUGAUCUUUGCCCUGACAUCUUUAGAAUAUAUCCUAAAUCUCAACCAGAUAGGAACUAUUGCAAGCGCGUUAAACUAAUUGUGAAAUGUUAUGCAACAAUCUUUGAGACGUGUGGGGUUGAAUUCAAAAUAGAGUAUAUCGUUAAAUGCAAUAGCAAGUCAUAUCAAGAGAUUCCGAGAUCAAUAAUACUUCGAUAUAAAUUGACAACCACUACUGCAACUCCUCAACAGACCCGAACUACGGCCAUCACAACAACUAGAACUUUAAUUCAUAAAGCCAUCAGAACUACGAUUCCGCCUGUUAAGAGUAAGCGAUGGGGCUGCAUAGGAUAUGUGUGGUACCUUGUAUAUUCAUCUUGUAUUAAAGGAUAUGACAUACAUAGACACUCUAAGUAACAUGAAACUAUUUAAUAAGCUGCGAAUAUACAUACAUACAAAUAUACAUACAUAUAAUAUAUAUAUAUA